UUUCCGGAAGGCUGACCGAUGCAGACCGAUGCCGACCGGAGCUGACAAAGCAAGCAGCCUCGUUGUGAAGCCCUUCCUCGCGUUUCCUUCUUUGAUUACUACCUACAUCGGUGUUGCCUCUAGAUCCUCACUAGUGCCCGACUUUCUUGCUCUAUAAUUAUGACAACUACUAGGAUUCAUCAUGCUCUUCCAGCUCCUGUCGUUCAUGCUGGUUUCUCGGUCCCUCAAUCCAAGUCGCAUGUACUGGCGGGGGUCCAAGACGCGUAUUGGAGCGAUGAUGAGGCGGAAGAUGCCGAAUGUCCUCUCUGUCUUGAAGAGAUGGACAUAUCCGACCUCAAUUUUAAACCAUGUGUAUGUGGGUACCAGAUUUGUCGGUUCUGCUGGCACCACAUCAAGGAGAAUCUCAACAAGCGAUGCCCUGCUUGCAGAAGGGUGUACACCGAUGAAGCUGUGGAGUUCAAGCCGAUUGCCACUCAAGACCAUAAGCGUCUCACUCAGCAGAAAAAGCAGAGGGAGCGCGAGCGCAAAGAACUCGACGCGCUUGGUCGACGUCAACUAGCUAAUGUCCGUGUAGUUCAGCGGAACGUCGUUUACGUUGUCGGUAUUGGACCUAGGUUUGCAAAGGAAGAGUAUAUCCCCACUCUACGAUCCAGCGAGUACUUUGGACAAUAUGGCAAGAUUAAUAAGAUCAUUCUAGUCAAGAGGAAUUCGUCUGGGGGUGGUGCACCGGUUGUGGGUGUCUAUAUCACCUAUCAUCGGCGUGAAGACGCUGCUCGUGCCAUUGCCGCUGUAGAUGGCAGUACGUCCCCUGCCGGUGGACGAGAGCUUAUGCGAGCUAGUUACGGCACCACCAAGUAUUGCAUGGCAUUCCUCCGCAGUGUAACUUGCAGCGACCACAACUGCAUGAACCUUCACGAAUGGGGCGACGAAAAGGACUGUUUCACGAAGGAAGAUUUGACCACGCUGAAACAUACCAUAAAGACAACAGAAACGAAAGCUAGGAGUGUUAUUUCCAGUAAGAGAGGCGAUGAGGCGGACGGCUUACCUCGUUCAGCGGCUUGGGGUUCGAGAACCAAUCUACAACCCACUGUCCCUAAUAUCGUUUCAACCCAACGGAAGCGAGUUAGUGCAACAACUCGGCAGAUGCGGCCUCAAACUGAGGCUCGUCCGUCUACCCGACCUCAAGAGAAGAAAUCCUCAGCCAAGCUUGCAUCCCAGGAGACCUUAUCUCGUCCUCCAACCCCCGCUUCUACUCUCCCGUUAGCUCAUCCUUCGCUUCCUCCUAAGCCUCCUUCGCCUGUUACUCGAAAGAAAAAGGAACCUAUUGUGCGCGCACCAUCGCCUUCUCCGACUCCUUCUGCCGCUGGAGACUCGGAAUCUACUAGCUCCCAGGAGAACGGACCAGGCUCUCCAAAAAUUCAUCCUCAGUCAGAUGAAUCCAUACAAUCAUCCAUCCCUUCAAAUCCAUCGCCACCACCGGGAUUGCCAGCUGUCCCACCUGGGUUAUCUGCUCCUCCUGGUUUACCACCACCCCCUGGCUUAGCAGGUCCUUCCCACCCUUCUCGUAUCGCUACUGCAUCACCUCAGACGCCUAUACUUGCACAGCAGACGUCAUAUCAGAUGUCGAAUGCUGCGCGGGCAUUGCUUGACGACGUUACGUCUAGGCGAGAAUCCCUUCUUCCCACCGUAGUCGCACAAAGUCCGUUCCCCGAUUUCGAUCGCACGCUCGAAAAUCUCAGUCAGGCUGAUGGCGGGCUGGGUGGAUUUUCUUUCAGUCUGGACUUGAAUCUCGCCGGGGACGAGGCCACACAUGAUGAGUUUGCCGAUUUGGAGCCAGAGUCACAAACACCGUUCUUGGGGUCCUUCCUGGAUGCAUUCCCUUCAUUGCGCUCGUCUGCGUCUACUUCUUCGUACAUUCCUCCUGGACUACCGUAUCCGCAUAAUCCUGCCCAUGCGAUCUAUGAUCCAACGGUAGUCCAGCGUACGGUCACGCCUAUCGAGAACCAGAGCUCAAACAAGCCAAAUUAUAUGGGGUCAUUCAAUCCUUUUGCUGAUGGCGCAGAUGAUUCACCUACCGUUUCCGCCCCCAUCAAGCCUAAUACACCCAAUGCUAUCGGCGACGAUUCUGCUCCUAGGGUUUCCCGAUUUGGUUUUGCCCGUCAUGGUCCUCGAACAGCUACAACUGCCUCGUCACCACUACAGAUAUCAUCUACGAUGAGUACGUCUAGCAAUAAUGAAGCCAAUAGCAAUGUUUUCGGCCAAAGUGAGCUUCCGCAUUCCCCUGCGGUCUCUCAAUGGUCAUUACAUGGCCGACAAGACUUUGGUUAUUCUCCUUCCAAUUCUGUUGCACCGUCUCCCAUGAUGCCGGCUCAAGCUCAGCCGAUGUAUGUGCCGUCCCAAUCUCGAUUUCAACCGUUUGAUUCAUCAGGCGGCGUAAGCGAGGCCCAAUUACGGGAUUUUAUUCAAAGCAACCAAGACCGUCCGAAUUUGUUACGUCACGAUUCUCAAGGAUUAUACAAAGGCGCUCAGCCUCAAUUUCAUGAUCCUGCAAUUAUGUCUGCUGCGAGAUUUGCACCAGCUCCAGAGUCGCAUUAUAUGCAUCCAGUGGAUACGACGUACGGGCCUCCCCCCGGAUUAUCUUUUCCUCCAGGCCUGCAAAACCUUAAUACGCCCGUUAGCGUGAAUGAUGGAAAUGGGAACGCGCAUGAACUCCGGGCUGAGGUAGCGGAAGGACCUUCCCUUUCCUCUCCCUCUGAUUUCCCUGCUCUACCAUCAUCUAUCAUAUCGGAUCCUACUUCUCAGGAUACUCCCUCCCUAUCUACUAUAACGCCUAUUGAACAGGAUUUCAAGAGUCAAGAAAAGGCGGAACGCAAAGCUGCGAAGAAAGCUGCUGCUGCUGCAAAAGCCGCUGAACGUCAGAAAAUAGCACAAGAAAAAUCUGCGGCAAAAGCGGUAGUGAAAGCCCGUAUGGCGGCAGAAAAAGCUGCCGAGAAAGAGAGGGCUGCAGUAUUGAAGGCUCAGCUUGAGAAGGAAAAGGCAGAGAAGGUGAGACUUGAAACGGAGAAUGCAAGAUUGGAGAAAGAAAAGGAGCGCUUGUUGCGAGCAGAGCGGGAACGGGUGGCACAAGCAGAGCGGGAGAAAGCUGCGCAGGCAGAGAAGGAUAAAGCUGCGAAAAAAGCCGGAGUUACUUCUGCUCGAGCUGCCAAUACCCAGAAGGCUACAAACAAGCGUGUAGAUAUAAAGGCGACCAACGUUAAGGAAGCGUUGCCAGGUUCCUCAGAAUUUUCAACCCAAGUACCCCUCCUCUCCAAAAAGCCGAAGAAAAACAAACCAGUUACUCGGCCAAUCCGUGUUCCCCAUAAAGAGGAGGAACUUGGCACCAAUGAAAACUCUUCGUUCCCUUCCGCUACUGCCUCGGAUACUGCCCACACUUCCGGUUUCAAGGGUCCUUCCACCAAUACUAGCUCCAACAAUUCCCGUUCGCAAUCGGUCGAACGCCAUGUACCCACCUCGCUCGAGGAUCUCAUGGAGGACAUUCAUAUUAUGAAUGCUUCAAUGGACCUUCUAAAGCAUCCAUUCUUUGACUUGCACAAAAUAAAUCCUGCAGCUAAAAUGCCUUUGGAAUAUGGGCCACUCGUACACGCAUUGUCGGCGCUCUCAGUCGGUGGAGGCUCGUUUGCUAAUAACGUGCCUUCCGGAUCUAUCGAUAAUGCUGUCUCCUCGUUCCAACAGCUGUUGGAAACUCUUACACAAACCAUCUCUGAUUUACUUCGUCUUCUUCCUCACACCACUUCGUCUUUUGAUGGUGUGCUUGGUGACAUGCUCAAAGGAGAUGACCUUUUUGAUGAAGGUGCCGCCGUUGUUACUUUUGGUGAAGACGGACAUGGGCGGGAGGAUGAAGUUGCCGCUUUGACCCUGGGGCUCGAACGUCGGGCACGUUGGAUGGAAGUCCAGUUAUCAAAGCUGGAGGAGCUGCAUCGUGAUAUUAAUAAUGCUGCAGUUCGAGCAGUACUAGCUUUCAACGAUAGCGGUUGGGACCGCCAUGGAUUUAUGCCUCGAGUCGGCAACACCGUCCGCCGUUUUGAAAACAUCGGCGUCGUUGAUGAUUGUGAUGGUCAGCGACCCAUGACGGCUGAAGAACUAGAAAAGAAACUCGAGGUUGCCAAAGAAGCUGCAGUAUUUGCCGAGACCGAGCUACGAGAGAUGAUGGAGAAAAUGCAGGACGUGAAGCCUUAUGAAGAUGAUUAUUGACGCUUACAAACUCUGUUUUCAAUGCCGCACCACGUACUUAGUAAACUCCAAAUAAUGAGAACAUACGAACUUUUUAUGAAGAAUUCAUCCCAGCGGAGGAUGUAUCUU